GAUACGCAGAUAAUAAUGUCAUGUCAAGAAGAUUUUUUUAACUGUUGUGGAUUACUUGGCUUGGAACUUUCCAAGUUUAUUGAUGUUCGUUUCCAUAACAUUAACCAUGCAGAAACCUCAAACAGCUCAAAAUCUAGUAGGAAUUGCCCUCCAAAAAAAGUUUAUCAAACUUACAAAAAAAUUCAGACAGCUUUCCCACCAUAGUCUCAUUUUUAAGUGCUAUAACCUUAAAAAGGGCAUUCAUUUUCUUCAUCUUCCAUCUCCAACCUCUUGAAAGCUCUUCCCCACCCAACACAAAUAACAUUCUCUCUCUCUCUCUCUCUCUCUCUCACUGCCUUUUCAUCCAAGCCUCUAAAAAAGGUCCAAAACCCACCUCUACAAUCUUCUUCAUUCUCUUCAUGUUUCUCUCUCGAAAAGCAAUCAAAUUCCCACAAAAAGGCCACCCAACAAGACACACAGAGCCAAAACCAAAAAGAUUUCUGUGAGAGGGAAGGCAGAGAAAAGAAGCUGUCUUCGAGAGAAAGAGAGAAAAGGAGGGGAAUAUAAAGCAAUACCCAUUUUUUUCCCAAAGUCAUUAUUCAUUCAUGGGCUGCUCUGCUUCAAAACCCACCACCAUUCUCGCCAGAAACCCAGAACAGCGUUCUUUUCCUAGUCCCUGUGCUUCUUCUGGUUCUGCUCCAGACUCUUCCAAUUCUUCACCUCCGGUUCCCAGAGCUCUUUCUCUCCCAACUCCUCUCGUUCAUCAUCCACCUCUCAGAAAGGGUGAUACUCACCACCUUGUUUCCCUCACCUCCACAACCUAUGGUUCUCUCCUCCUUAUCGACCGUACGACCACCCCCAAAGUUUCCAACUUGAAUAGCGCUCAGGAUCUUCCAAAAUCCAAACCCUGCAACACACAGAAGAGUUCGAUCCCGACGGACCCAGAACACUCAUUGUCACCUGACUCUGUCAUCAACACCUGGGAACUCAUGGACGGCCUCGAUGACUUCGAUUUCGAGUUUGAAAGCUCUGCUAAGCCCACCUCGAAAUCUUCCAUCUUGGACCGUGAAAUCGGUUUUCCGAAUAAACCCAGUUCGUGUAGGUUCACGAGCUUUGAUGGGUCAGCGACGAAGAAACGGUUUGACUCGUUUGGAACAGUGAAGUCUUCCUUGGAAAUACUAACAGAGGAUUCGCCUUCUUUGUCUUCAUGUUCUUCUACAACAAAGCCUCUGUGGCAGCACUUAUCCGAGGAAUCCUUGCUGUCAAAAAUGGAUCCGGACGUGGUUUUCACUUACAGAAGAGCUUUAUCUUCUAGGCAAUUGGGCUUCAAUCCAUAUAAUCCCGAAGCUGUAAGAUCAACCGGGUCUACUCCUUUAAGCUCUUCAUUUACAAAUAGUUGCUUACAAUUACCCGGCACAGAAGAUAAGGUUGUUAUCUACUUCACUAGUCUGAGAGGCAUUCGAAAGACUUAUGAAGACUGUUGUUCGGUUCGGAUGAUACUGAGAGGCUUCAGAGUUCCUGUAGAUGAAAGAGACAUUUCAAUGGAUUCAGAGUUCAAGAAAGAGCUGCAAAAUGCGCUUCUAGGAAAAGCAUUGACUUUGCCGCAGGUUUUCAUUAGAGGAAAGUAUGUAGGAGGUGCAGAGGAAGUUAAGCAACUCCAUGAAGUUGGAGAAUUGGCAAACCUUUUGGAAGGUUUUCCCGUUCAGGAUCCUAGGUUUGUAUGUCCAGGCUGUGGAGAUGCAAGAUUUAUUCCAUGCCUGAAUUGUAAUGGCAGUCGAAAGGUGUUUAAAGAAGAGGAAGGAGAAUUGAGGAGGUGCUUGGACUGCAACGAAAAUGGGUUGAUACGCUGCCCUGGUUGCUGCUUAUGAUUAUAAUAUAUCUUUCAUAUUUGAAAAUAGUUGAUCCUCCAAAUCCUUGAGAGGUGAAAACAUCAUUUGUAUACUUGAUUAAUUUUGACUGGAGUUGAGUUGUGUGGAAGGUCGGUAUCGAAAUGGAUUCAAUCUUGCUGCUUUUUGUUUCAUGGUUUUGAUGCUUAUAUUAUAGAUAUUAGAUGGUCUUCAUAUUUUAUUGAGUUGUACUUCAGCAGGAAUUUUCUAUUUAGAUUGGCAGGUCAUCUAGGAGUGCAAAGCACAUUUGUUCAUAGAGCUUCUAUAUGGCCUUAAAAUGAAAAAUGGCCUAAAAAGUAAACUAAAAAGCUGUAUCUAUAGUUCAUUUCCACAGUGGGACCUUAUGGAAUUCAAGUGCUGAGUAUGUGGCUAAACUUGUACGAUCAACAUCAGAUAACUGGACUAAGCCUGACUCUUGUUCAUGUUUAUUUUAGUAUUCUGCCAAACGAUCUGAAGGGUGUUGAGACACGAUUUUCUAUUUGUUUUGCCCUCAUUUUCCAGCAUAUUCUCCUGCAAAUUUAUGGUUUGUUGGGGAUUUUGAAGGUUAAGUUGAUGUAAUGAUGGAUUUGUUUAAAGGUAAAAUGGCAUCUAUACAACGAGGUAUGUGCUCCUUGAAGUUUGUAGUUUCCGGGGCCUGAUUUGUUCGCAAAUGUCAGCCUACAAACUUUUACAGUGUUGAUAUAUUAAGAAGAAAUAUUUUUAAAGUUUGCAUUUUCUCUCUAGAAUGGAAACAAAGUAUUUCUAUGGAUCAAGAGACAUUUUUUAUUGCCAAACUUGUUCUGAAUGCUGAUAGCUCAGCUCUAUUCAAGUCAAUGAGCUGCAAAAGUUGGGAAAGUAGCUAGAGAGGAGUA